AGAGAGAGAGAGAGCCAAACUUCUCCCGUCUACCUCGCGCUCCUCACUCCCUCCCUCCUCGCCGCAAUCUCUCCCUCCCCACCGGGGGCGCGAGCACCAACAGACCUUAGCGCCGCCCUCGAGCUGAGGCGGUUCUCGAAGCGCAGCGCAGCGCAAGGCCGGCGCCUGGACCGGAUCGAAUGCGCUCGAGGAAGGACGAGCGGCCUGAGAGGCCAUGAGCGCAGCGCGAGGGUGAAGUCGAGGAGAGCGAAGUCGGCAGGUAGGGGCGCAAGGAGUCGAGAGGAGUCGGCGCCAUGGGGUUCGAGAAGAGCGGGUACCGGGACGGGAUCUUCCACAGCCUAUUGCGCCCGAUUCCGACGCCGCGCAACGUCGACAUGGUGACGUACAUCCUGUUCCAGCAGCCGCAUCCGCAGCGGACGGCGCUGGUCGACAGCCCCACGGGCGCCAGCGUGAGCUACGCGCAGCUGCAGCGCAGGGUUCGGGCGGUGGCGUCGGGCCUGGCGCGCAAGGGCGUGAAGCAGGGCGACGUGGUCAUGCUGUGCAUGCCCAACUCCAUCCACUGGCCCGUGCUGCUCUUCGCCUCGUCCUUCCUCGGCGCCGUGGUCACCACGGCCAACCCCGUCAACAGCAUCCCCGAGCUGCGCCGCCAGGCGCAAGACUGUCGCGCCGCGUUCCUCAUCACCGUGCCCGAGCACUCGGCCAAGCUCGCUCCGCUCGGCCUGCCGACCAUUCUGAACGACCUCGAUGCUCUAGGCGUCGCGUCGCAAGUCGAAGUCGCGGGCGCCCCCGCCCCCGUCGCCCGCCUGUCCGAGCUUUUGCGGGCCGACCCCGACCGCGCGCCGCGGCCCUUCAUCCGCGAGUCCGACACCGCGCUGCUGCUCUACUCCUCGGGCACGACGGGCGCGAGCAAGGGCGUGGUGCUCACGCACCUGAACGUCGUCGAGUCCAUCAGCCAGAGGGACAGCCUGGACUGCCACCUGCGCGUCCCCGACGAGAUCGAGACGCACUUGGUCAUCAUCCCGCUCUUCCACGUCAUGGGCUUGUGCGUCGUCCUGGCCACGCUGCUGCGCCGCAGCCACAAGCUCGUCAUCGUCCCGAAGUUCGACUUCCCGUCCAUGCUGGCCGCCGUCCAGCGCUACAAGGUCACGAACAUGGGCCUCGUGCCGCCCAUCAUGGUGGCCCUGACAAAGAGUCCCCUCGUGUCGCAGUACGAUCUCAGCUCCUUGAAAGUCAUCGGCUACGGCGCGGCGCCCUCGGGCGACGUCAGUGGCGUCGCGCAGCGCAUCAAGGGCGUGAAACUGACCCAGGGCUAUGGGAUGACCGAGACGGCCGGGUCGGGCGCCGCCGUCAGUAAGGACUUCGUGGAGUAUGCGCUCGAACGGCGGUCCUGUGGCUUCCUGACUGCCAAUAUGCAGGCCAAGAUUGUGGAUGUGGGCACGGGCGAGGCCUUGCCUCCGAAUCGCGAAGGCGAGCUUUGGCUGCACGGACUGAACGUUAUGCGAGGGUACUUGAACAACGAGAAGGCCACCGCUGAAACCUUGGACAAGGACGGCUGGCUGCACACCGGCGACCUUGCGAAAUUCGACGAGAAUGGAUUUCUGUACAUCGUCGAUAGACUUAAGGAGCUCAUCAAGUACAAUGGUUUCCAGGUUGCCCCAGCGGAGCUGGAAAGUGUUCUCCUGAAUCAUCCUGAAAUUGUGGAUACGGCAGUCGUACCUUUUCCAGAGGAGACGGUGGGAGAAAUACCUGUGGCUUUCGUCGUAAAGCGUCCUGGGAGCUCGCUAACUGCGGAUGCGGUCAUGGACUACGUUGCCGAGCAGGUGAGUCCCUACAAGAAAGUUCGAAGAGUCGUCUUCGUUGACAUCAUUCCAAAGCUGGAAUCGGGUAAAAUACUUCGGCGUGAUCUGAAGAACUUGCUGGCUCCUACUUCGAAAUUGUGAUGGGAAAGACAGUCCUCGCCGAACAGAUUUUCCAACUCAUUUUACUGUUUGCACGUGUACAUAUCCACAACCUGGCCGAUCCGAGUCAUGGUCCUCCCAAGAGUGAGAGCUCUCUGAACUCACAACCUUUUCCCGGUGGUUGAACCCCUGCUAUGACAUCAUGGCAGGUCCUGACCUGUGCAGUGGUAUGAGAGCAGGCUACGAUGUUUCUAGGCUCAUCUAGUGUGCUGCGUAAGGAAAACUUAAGUCAACAUUGCCUUCACAGCGAAUCAAGUUAUUAAUGAAGGACUGUAAUUAUUUCUGGGAAGUGACGAGAAAGAACAACUAGAGUAAGUCUUCUUGGCACGGAAAGAUUGAACGAUAGUCAAUGUCUCAUCAAAGUCGAAUUUGUGCUCUCUCAAAGAGAGAGGUAGGUGUGAAGUAAUAUAUUGACUGUCUAGCUGUGUAAUAAGUCCAUGUAGGAACUUCAGAGUAGCUGGAUGUACCGAUUUAGAGUAAAUUAGCAAACAUUUUCUACACCAUUUCGGAAACAUGCCAGUGCUCUCAUCAUCAAGAUGAGAGCUUGUGUACAAAUAUUGGACAUCCCAUUUUCAAACUAGUCAUAUGGAUGUUCAGCCCCUUGCGCUCAACGGCGUUGCAUAAUUUUUCAUCUAUUUCUUGUCAUACC